AAACCUGUGUUCUUCGUGCUCACUAUUCAAGGUGGAUUCUCGUUAAUCCUCCUUUAUUCUCUUCUGUAACUCUGGUUCUUCUCUUUUUCAUCAAUGGCUUCUGCAGAAAUUGAGUUCCGUUGCUUUGUUGGUGGACUCGCCUGGGCCACCGACAACGAAGCCCUCGAGAAAGCUUUCUCCCCCUACGGCGAAAUCGUCGAAUCGAAGGUUAUCAAUGAUCGUGAAACUGGAAGGUCGAGGGGAUUUGGAUUUGUGACGUUCGCAUCGGAGCAGGCGAUGAAAGAUGCGAUUGAAGCGAUGAACGGUCAGAAUCUCGAUGGCCGGAAUAUCACUGUGAAUGAGGCUCAGUCCCGUGGAAGUAGCGGCGGAGGAGGGAGAUAUGGCGGUGGUGGUGGAGGAUAUGGAGGCGGAGGUGGUGGAUAUGGCGGUGGCGGUGGAGGAUACAGCCGUGGUGGAGGUGGAGGUGGUUAUGGAGGCGGUGGCCGACGUGAAGGUGGUGGAGGCGGUGGCUACAACCGCAACGGUGGAGGUGGAGGAUAUGGUGGUGGUGGCUAUGGAGGUGGCGGUGGCGGUUAUGGCGGUGGGAGAGACCGUGGGUACGGUGGUGGAGAGGGUGGUGGUUCCCGCUACUCAAGGGGUGGUGGCGAUUCUGAUGGAAACUGGAGGAGUUAAUUUAGAUUUUAGUUAGUGAAUUGAAUUGAAUUGAAUUGUGGUUUAUUAUCAUAUUGUUAUGCGUUAGUGUUUGCUUUUGGGAUAUUUUGCAAUAUGAUUUGAGUCAAGUGUCUGGUAUGGUUUCGUCGUGUUCCGUGGUUCUCGUUUUUGACCUAUGAAUUUGUGUACUGGUUCUCCAACAAAGAAAUAGUCAGAAAUUAUGACCCCAGAGUUUAUUUAUAA